CUGUUGAGAUACAAGCUGGGUGUAGAUUUUUGUUGCCUUAUUUUUGCUCAUAUUAUUCUUUUUGUAGGCCUAGAUGGCCCUGUUGAAGUCCUAUGCGUCUGCAAAAUCGCGUCUCAAAUGGCAAUUUACGAUGUAAUUCUCUAAGUGUGCUUUUUGGUUUCCACAGAGCUUUUUAGUCUGUGUGUGCCUCUUUGUUACUUAGUAUGAUUGAUUAAUUCAUUCUUUGGGACUUCAAAAGAAUUGAAAGAUUGUGCAUAUAGGUAGAGACUGGAGGUGAAGCUGAGAGGGAGGAGACAUUGUAUCCCAGGGAAUAAGGCAAUUUUUAUUCAGGAAAGACCAGAAGUUGGAGUGGCCAAAGCAUUGGGGGUUAAGAGAAAAUAGGCGGCAGCCUGGGCUUGGAAUUUAGAAAUUUUUUCUACUGGAACAUAAGUACUGCAACUAUGGUUAAGAAUCUCCUCCAACUCAUUGACUACAUGAAUGAAUGAGUAGUCACUGUACUGAGAAGUUCGUGAACAAGAGAAUGCUAACACAUGAAUUCUAGCCAAGGCCUGUUGAAGAACCAGAUUGGAAGAAAAGUAGACACAGCCUGAUUACACAGCGCAUUUGGGCAGUAGGCAUGGAAAAAAAAAAAAAAAAUCACAGCAAGCUUUUCAGAGAUACCAAAACUUUUCCCUUUCUUGGAAUGUCUUUCACACAUCUGGCUAGUUUUGUUGUUGUUUUAUUUAGAAACCGAGCUUCAGUAAAUAUGAGUGUGCGUGCGUGCAUAUAGUUUUAAAUUCAGAAAGUACUGCACGUUUGUUUUUCAAAACAUCUGGAAGUGUGUGAUACAAAACAGCGUACAGUUCAAUUAAUGCGUUAGAUCUGUUAGGUCUGUUAACACGAAGAGAAAGGUUUAGUGGUGGACAGCGACUGCAACGCCGCAGGCGCGAAGAGACGUCUGGACAACCUCAGAGGAGCUGUGGGCUCUCGGGCCAGGCACGCGGGAUUUAGGUCGGGAGCCAGGUGGGUGUGUGCUGCUGGCGACUAGCAUCCGUGGCAGCGGCCUCGCGAGAUCUUCGCCCCACGAAUGCGCGCGUGUGAGCGGCCGUGGCGCCGACCCUAGAGCGCUCCCAACGGCCGCCACCCCAGUCCACUGUCGGAGCCCCAAAGCCACACCAUGUUCCUCCUAAUGCUGCUGCUUGUUGGGCUCCGCGGCUUGCUGGCAUCAGGACCUGGUUCUCAAAAUCCAUUUUUACAAAUUAUAGUUCCAGAGAAAAUCCAAGAAAAUACAAGUGAUAAUUUGGAACUAGAAAAUGAAUGGAUAUCAUAUAUUAUUACAAUAGACCAGAAGCUAUACACUAUACAUCUUAAGCAAAGGAUUUUUUUAGCACAUAACUUUAUGGUUUAUGUGUAUAAUCAAGGAUUUAUGAAUUCACAUCCUUCAGAUGUUCAGGCUCAGUGCUAUUACCAGGGGUAUGUUGAAGGAUAUCCCAAUUCUGUUGUUACACUCAGCACGUGCACUGGAUUGAGAGGAAUACUGCAGUUUGAAAAUGUUUCUUAUGGAAUUGAGCCUCUGGAAUCUGUAGUUGAAUUUCAGCAUCUUAUUUAUAAAUUAAGGGAUGGAAACAAUGAAUUUGCAGCUCUUACCAAAGAUAACCGAGGCAUAGAACAAAACCCAGUGGACUAUAACAUUAUUAUAAGUGAAAAAUCACAAUCAACUGUUCCAGAUUUAAUCCCUCUUUAUCUAGAGAUGCAUAUUGUGGUGGAUAAAGCUUUGUAUGAUUACUUGGGCUCUGAAAGCAUGAUAGUAACAAAUAAAAUCAUCGAAAUUAUUGGCCUUGUAAAUGCAAUGUUUGCCCAAUUUAAAGUUACUAUUGUGCUGUCAUCGUUGGAGUUAUGGUCAGAUAACAAUAAGAUUUCUACAGUUGGUGAGGCAGAUGAAGUAUUGCAUAGAUUUUUAGAAUGGAAAAAGUCCUAUCUUUCUCUAAGACCUCAUGAUAUUGCAUAUCUAUUCAUCUAUAGAAAUUAUCCAGAUUAUGUGGGGGCAGCAGUUCCUGGAAAGAUGUGUGUUACCCAUUUUUCAGCUGGAAUUGCUAUGUACCCCAAGGAGGUAACUCUGGAGGCAUUUUCCAUUAUUGUUACACAGAUGCUCGGACUGAGUCUGGGAAUAUCAUAUGAUGACACAAAGAAAUGUCAUUGUACAGGAGCUAUCUGUAUAAUGAAUCCAGAAGCUAUGCGAUCAAGUGGUGUCAAGACUUUUAGCAGUUGCAGUUUGAGUGACUUUGAAAAUUUCAUUUCAAAUAUGGGUGCCAAAUGUCUUCAGAAUAAACCCCAAAUGCAAACAGCUCUGAGAGCAAUCUGUGGCAACGGCAAAGUGGAGAGAGGUGAAGUGUGUGACUGUGGUACUGAGGAACAAUGUGGAAAGUCUAGCUGUUGUAAUUUUCGAACUUGUACACUGAAAUCAGGAGCACGGUGUGGUCAUGGAUUAUGCUGCAAGAACUGUCAAAUUGAAAGACAAGGUGUUGAAUGUAGGAAAGCAAGACAUCAUGAAUGUGAUAUUGCUGAGUUUUGUAAUGGAAGCUCACCAGAAUGUCAACCUGAUAUGACUAUACACAAUGGACAUGUAUGUAAACAAAAAUAUGUGUGUUAUGACGGAGUCUGCCAGGAUACAGAUGCACGGUGUGAGGUCACAUUUGGAAAAGGUUCAAAAAAUGCACCAUUUGCCUGCUAUGAAGAAAUACAGUCUCACGCUGAUAGGUUUGGGAACUGUGGUAAAAUAAGAGGCAAAUUUCAAUCCUGUUCAUGGAGGAAUCUUCAAUGUGGGAGACUAAUUUGUACUUACCCUACACGAAUUCCUUUUCGCAAAGAAAAUGGCGCUGUGAUUUAUGCUUUUGUACGAAAUAAUUUAUGUAUAACCAUAGACUACAGAUUGCCUAAUGCAAAUCAAGAUCCAAUGAAAGUCUUCAAUGGUUCUCAUUGUGAUGAAGGGAGGAUCUGUGUAAAUGGUGAAUGUGUAGAAUCAAGAAUAAUUAAGUCUGAAUCAUCUGUCUGUUCAAAAAAGUGCAACGGACAUGGAAAUUGUUGCAGGGAGUAUGGCUGGAGUUGCAAAAGAUGAGUCUGCAAACAAAUUGCAGUUAAGUGAAGGUUCUCAUACUCAAGUCGGAAUGAGGCCCCAACUCCAGAAUGCAGCGUCUUUUUAUUAGCAUAAUUGCUAAAGACUACGUGCAUAAAGUCAGCUAAGCAAGUGUGUUAAUCAAUCUAAUGGUUUAGCUUUUUAAGGUUGAAUUUUGAGUUAAUUGGUUUCUAUAACACUAGGAAGGGUCAGGUGUGAAGGAGGAUCUGGCCCUGGACAAUGUUAAUGGCUCUAGGCAUUCCUUACCAGCCACAGCCUCGGUCAGCUAUGUAAACAUAUCCUAAGGCCUUGCACCUUCUCCAGCCCUUCCCUUUUGAAGUCUUUUCCUUUGAUGCUUCUCUCUUGCAUCUCCCACAAAGAAUAAGCAAAGAAAAAGAAAAAAAAUUGAAUAGAUGUACCAGCAAACAGAAUGAAAUAUGAUUGAAAUUACACCCAAUUUUCCCUAGAAGCCAAACUAUGAGGCCGUUUAUAGUCCAUAAACUAAGCAGGCUGAGAGAUUUGUGGUGUUCCUCUAGAGUGCAGUUGACCCAUUUGGGCAGGGCUUGGUGUAGCAGCUUCCUUCUCCACUAGACGGUGCUGCUUAGUUUAUUGGGGUGGAUUGUUGUGGUGCACGUAGGCAUGUAUGCGCAUGCACGGGAGGGGUUAAAAAUGGCGUCACCCAGCUACCUAGCCUCUAGUAUCAGAACUCUGUGCUCUCACCCACUGGCAAUCAAGCACCCCUCCUUUGUCUCCUGCUUUCAUCCACUCCCUGCCUCUAUGCUCUCUGUGACCAAGCGGUCAAUCUGCCAGGAGGCACCUCCCUCCUGAGUUUUAUCUCAGAUGGGGCUGUGUUUCCAAAUCCCUUACUUCUGAGGGCCCUGCGGCUUUGACCCGCUCAGAACCUCUCUGGGAGAGUCUCACCAUGCAAUGGCCAGGUGCUGGCCCACCAUCUGGUACGUGUACAUGACUGUGCUGCUGCAUAGCCCAGAGACUGUGGCCAGGUGUCUGCCUGCCCCAGAAAAAGUUUGUGCAAUUAUAUAGCAGCAGCAUUUCAGAGGUUGUGGUGAAUCACAACAGCUAUCUGGUUCCAGGCUUUACCCUUAAUGUCCUUGUUCCAACACAAGCAAAUGUGGCUGUUCUCUGGGGUCUGCUGGGAACUUUGCCUUGUAGGGAGGCCACACAGCCUCUACCAGAUGUCCUCUCAGUAGGGGUACUGCCACUCCCCUUGUGGCCUGAGGACCCCUCGGACCUCAUUGUCUGCUCCUGGGGAUUCACCCUUCCCAUCAGAGCUCUGCCAGGUAUCAAGCUGCAGAGUUUCGGACUCUGCACUCCCUGUUUAUAGUGUGUUAAUGGAAUUUAAAUCCUCUCCUUUCUCCCUUCCCUUUUUUCCUUUCUCCCUUUUUUGUUCAGUACACUCUUUCUGUU